AUGCGGCGAGUUAUCAAGUUGUCUUUUAUCUGCGUCUCACUUCGGCACGUUGCCUCUGCUGGCAAGGUGGAUGCUGGUGCAGAGAAUGUAUGCACUGAGCGAGGCGUCGGGUCAUCAUUAUAUGGAACUCUGAACAAUGCCACGGUUCUGCCCGCGGUGAGGCUUGCCUUGCGGGUUGUCAACCCUUGUCAGGAGUUUCCGGCGACGCCGGUUGGCGUGGAGCUGCCCGACCACCGUGAUCCCUGUGUACUUUGGCGCGAGUACUACUCCUUUGACCACGGCAAGCCGUACUACCAUAACCUACGAACGAAUGAUACGGCCUUUGCGCCGCCCUCUGGUUUCAAGACACGGUUUGCGUUGUUUCAUCGUCGCCAAGGCCUCCACGUCGACGCUGAAGCUCGUGUGCAUACGCAGGCGACGGUGGAGGGUGGUGGAGGGGCGGAUAAGGCUGCUGUGGGGGGGUCUGAGGGAAACGGCGGUUCCCCUCCCCUGCCCGGCGAGGGCGGCUCACUCACGACGAGGCAAAAGUUAGCGGCGUAUGGGGGCGGUGGGUUGUUGCUGUACAUCAUUGUACACAAUAUUCUUCUCGCAUGGAUCUUUUUUUCGCUUUACUUUUUGCACUUUGACCUAGUGGGCCUUGCACGAUCGUACGGGUUUCGUGUUGGCGGCGCCAGGACGGAGUCCAGCGACGGCGACAAUGCCGCCGUGGCCGAGAAGAACCCGUCCUUUUGGGCCACACUGGGCGUUUCGAUUUUGCUGAACAAACUCUUGGUGCCACUGGAGUUUGCGGUAACUCUUAUGAUGGCGCCCAUGCUCGUUCCACGUCUGCAGCCCUUUGCGUCGAGGAUUAUUCCUCGCAUAAAAUCCUUCAUGAAAGGCUGA